UCUUUCGGAUUGCUGGUCUGCUAGCUGUGCUUCAGGAUUUAUUGUUGUCAGUCAUGUAUUCACAGUUUAUAUGUACUCGACAGUGUCAGCAUUUUCCUAAUGAACACCAGUACCAUCAGAUAUCUUGAUAUUUUAGUUAUAUGGAUCACAAUUAACUCCCCUCAGAGUUUUUAAGGCCAUAUAAAGCAAUGAUAUCAAUAGACUCAGCCAACUAUUAGUUGUAUCAUGACUUUAUGCCUUUCCGAAUGUGGAAAAUAUUCUAAAAGUAGUUUUAGACCUUACUUAAUUUCCGUUAUUGUAACGUUUAUGAAUUUCCGUGCUGUGUACAUGACUUAUGUAAUUCGUUUCUAAUUUAUUCUAAGAUGAAUAACUGAUGGAAAUUGUCAGCAUUGAUUCGCCGAAGUUCCGAAUAGGAGAUCUGAAAAAACAAUUUAUUUCUUGUUUACCCAAUGAACAUAAAAUAUUGAAGGAAAACGAAGCUAAUGAUCUUCUUACCUCUGAGUUUAAAAAGAUCGUAACUGAUUCUUCAAUAUUCAAGCAGCUUGAGAGUGACUGCAGUUUGGAAAAUUUAUACUUCGAUGGAGAGUACACGACCUUAGAAGAAAUCUUAAAAAUCAUACCAUCGAGGAAAGAUGAAAAGCAGCUGAAGACCCUAACUCAUUUACUGAAAGAAACUGAAGGUUUGAAUUCUAGGACAUCAGUCCUCACAGCAAUGCAAAGAAAUCCACGACCACUUGUGGAUAUGUCUUACCGAAAUUCUGUUGAUGAAUCUCCAGAAGCCACAGAAGUCAUCCAGGAUGUAUUUGUGACCGUCCUUGUCUACCGGCCAUUUAGCCUACCUAACAUUGAUCCCUGUGCACAGUCUCGGCAACUAGUCAUUACUCAGAGGUUGAUGCUGUUGUCUAAACAAAAUCUCACAGUUUUAAGGGAAGCUAUAAAGUGUUCACAAGAUAAAGUUUGGCUGGGAGACUGUAGCGAAGCCCUUGAUAAUCCUGAACUACGUGUUUCGGCGGAUAAAAUAUACCCUUCUUCAUACUUUUUCAUUGAAGGCACUUUUUAUAAUGAUCUACGGAACGCGAAUAGCAAGAGCCUUGGGGAAGAGGUUAUACAGUGGGCCAAAAGCAAGAAAGAACUUACAACGUAUGGGCCUUUUACAUCAUUACCCAUGGAAUCAGUGACUCUCGAAAAUCUUGUUAUUUGUAUUGGAAAGCCAUAUUUCUUCGUACACCAAGGAAAUUGUGAACAUAUGAUUAUCUUCUCCGAUGUCCGUCUUGUAGAUCGUGAUUCAUGUCAGACUGAGUCCUUAUUCCCAAUGCUCACCGGUCGAUGCAGUGUACGUGUAAUGCAUUGUUUUGUUUGCAGGCGUCUUGCAUCCCGCUGGAUAGUUACAGAAUGUGGGACCAUCUUGCCUGUCGAUCCAUGUCCAAUAUGUGACGUAUGUAUCCGACUACUACUUUACACUGCUGAUGGAAAGAAAAUUAACCCGCGUUUUAGAGUUUUGAUGUAUUGUGGAGAAGAAGUUGUAGUGUGAGCCUUCAUACAAUAAAUCUUAUGGGUUUUCCUAGAGAGGAGAAAAACAAUGAACAAGUAGCGAACACAAACCCAUCAGUAGGAGAAUCAAACGCAGAUAAAGUUGCGGCUGCUACUUUUGGUAUUUUAGCUGAAAUUUCAAGUCUCUUAAACACAGGUUUAGAUAAUGAAGAAUUACUGAUGUGCAUCAAACUAAUUGAGAGCGGUGUGAACCCAACUACUCUAGCUUUACUUGUAAACAAUGUGAAACAACAGUGCGAACACCUUGCUGAACUCAAAAGAUAAGUAAAACUUUAAAUCCUGUAUUGCAUAUUCAGAAAUUUCAAAAUAAAGAUUUAUU